AUGCCCUCGUCCACUGCCAUCGCCCUCACUCUCGCCGUCGCCGCUGUUCCAUCAGUUGCGUUUCCAAUCGAUGACAUUGCAGUACUUUCUCGAGCGUUGCAAUAUCGCCGCACCAUAAACGAAGUCGACAGUAUCUUCGCCCGUUCGAGCUACGACGACCACAACUCGCCGCAGAGUCAUUUUGGCCUUGAUAGGUUGGCCGAUGCUCAGCCCGGUUCGCGCGGCAAACGAUUCCCGAGUCCGUUCGUAAUCCUACCAUCAAUGCAGAGCAAAGUGAACAUCCCUGCAUGCCAUCUUGAACCCGGGGCCUGCCGCAGAUCAUUCCUGGACGAGCUGGACUGA